AUCUCGAUGUUCCCAGUAUCAGAUCUCACAACCCUCGUAAGAAAGUCGAGGGGUGAGGUACCACCACAGACUGCGGGUCCGUCAACAACAAUACACGACGACCACAUGUUUCUCUUUGGUGGAAGGCUCGUUGCUCAGCGUCGCAUGCUUUCAGACAUGUACGUGUUCGAUAUCAAGGAGCUUACAUGGGAGAAGAUCCCCAUCGCGACAGAGGACGACCCGCACGUACCCCAACCACGAUACUUCCAUUCUGCGGACGUAUGGAAUGGACAUAUCGUCAUUUUCGGAGGGAUGACCGAUGCGCCAGAAGGGACAAUACAAGCAGCACCCCAACCAGGCGAAGUGCCCAACGUCACCGUGCUAAACGAUGUCCACCUUUUCAAUAUCGCCGAGCGUCGAUGGCUCCCAAACCCUUCCCCUCCCGUCACCGAAAACCCAGAGCACGUUCCCCUCCCCCGAUAUGCCCAUCUCUCCGGCGUCGCUGGCGAUAGACUAUACAUUAUUGGUGGUCAUGGUCCGCCAAAGAACGAUUGGCUCGAUAACGUGCACGUGUACGACCUCAAGCAUCGAAUGUGGGUCGCAAAACAGGAGUGCACCACACAUUGCGGAACGUACAGAAGCGUCGCGGUGUGUGCAACGCAGAAAGUCGUCAUUACACCUCCAGGGAGUGUGGAUAAAGAAAUGGAAGGGUUUGGAAAGAGAAAAGGAGGCACGGAGAAGAAUUCGCUCCAACAUCCCACCUACUCUGAAGUUCCGAAACCCGAUCAGCCGAACGGCAUCUACGUCUACUCAAACUACAACUUCAUGGAUGUCAGCCGCGAGCUCGUGGUUAUGCAACCUACCCCUGCACCCGAGGAACCCAAUCCUCUUACCUUCACGGAUGAGACAGAGACGUUCGCGAACAGCCCGUCCCUGCCUCCUGGUCUGCGAUUUCCCACCGGUGCCAUCAUCGGCACCCAUCUCUUGCUCUGCGGUACCUACCUCGCGCACACCUAUAACUCCUUCUCCCUCUGGUCUCUCGAUCUCCGGACACGCACUUGGCAAAGAAUAGAUUGCGGAAACCCCCUCUCCGUUGGCUCCUGGUCGCGUGGCAUGCUGUGGUCAAACGGUGCAAAGUUCCUCAUCUUCGGUAAUCGCACCGGAAACCUGGUGGAGGAUUACCAACGCCGCCUCCUGAGUUGGACACACGUCGCCUUUGUUGAUCUCGAAGCAUGUGGGAUCUACCAGCCUCCGUCACUGACCAUCGGCUUGCGUGAAAGCGAGCUCGGCCUCGCUGCGCUGGAAGAAGAGAUUCUCUCGGACUUCGAAAUCGUGUGUGACGACGGGCGCAAGAUCCACUGCUCUCGGCGCAUUCUCGAUCAGCGCUGGCCGUGGUUCCGUGAACAACGACGUGCUUUUCUCCGCCGCGUUACCCAGCUCCUCGAAGCGAAGCCUGAGCAGAUCGACCCAAGCUAUCCGAUCGAAAUGCCUGAAUUCAUCGAGCUCACCCCAGAGACAGAACAGUUAUCUGUCCAGGGACCUGGAUUUGGUGGAGGGCCUCCUCUGCCCAAGGCAGAUCCCCGCCUCACACCAAGACGUUUGCUUAUGCCCGAGCCGUAUCCCAUCGCACUCGCCUUUGUCCAAUAUCUGUACACGUACUCUCUCAUCACCCCUCUCCAGCAUGCACCACCCGUACUUAACGCCCUUCUCGUCCUCAGUCAAAUAUACGAGCUCCCACACCUGCAGAAGAUCGUCAUCCAUUCCAUGCAUGAGAAGUUGAAUCAUUACAACGCGGUUUCUGUGUACGAGAUGGCAACGGUUUGCAAUGUUCAGAGCCUGCAGAUCCGGUCGCUUAAAGUGGUUAUGGGGAAGAAUGGCAUCCGCGGCCCGCGGACACGACCUGAUAGGCACGAGCCCAGCACUGAUGGACCGAGUGGUGACAGCGACCAUCCGGAGAAGGCACCCCCUAGGCCGCGGGGUAUGUCAAACGCGAAAGAUUUGCAGAUGCCGCCGUCAGCCUUACCGCCUUCCGGCGGGAGCGGUGGACAUACGAACGGUUCCCGUGGUUCGGAGCCUACGGAUGGCAGCAGUCGAGCGCUAGCAUCGACAACGGCUGCCUCUAUGCCUCAAAUUCCGGAGGCCACUGAGUUGCUCGAGGUGGCUGAACAGUCUACAUCCGUCCGUGCCCCUGUUGUACCUGUCCUCGCACCAACUGGACCCGCACCCCCGCGGCCUCCGAGAAGUGCAAAGAGGUCUUCUCCGCCCGAAACUCCCCCUCGCACCUCACCGACUUCCCCUCGUCCUAGACUACCGUCAUCUCUCUCUAUGGACGAUCUUCGUCCAAUAGGGAGCGUACCCCAGGGACUGGGCAUCAUUGAACCGGUCAGGCCAUCCCAUGAACGCACUGGUUCUCGAGGAUCUGGCUUGCGGCGUGCACGCAGUGAAGCUGUACAUCAUCGACCAAGUGUCAGUGGUGGAUCGAACUCGUUUAAGUCCAGCUUAGAGCGGAGGUUCUCUACGCGUCCCCCCAGUGGAGCGAGCAGCUCGUCGUCCAGCUCCCUCUGGGGCGCCGGGAGCACUUAUGGCGACUCCCAACAAAGCCACGCUGUACCUGCAACUACUCACAUAUCCCUUAACGAUGAUCCGCCCAUGCGCGACAACCCAAAGGGCUUACGUGUCAAAGUUGAUUUGCCUUCUUGGCUCAGCUUGGGGAGCAAGAGCCGAUCACCGCCCAAAACGCCGAAGGAAGAGCAGGUGCCGGCCACACCUUCGCUCACCCCAAGUAGGGCGACUUCCUCCCCUACUACCCCCAAUCCGCUCACACCCUCAGCUUCGAGCGCCUCACUAUUCGCCCGCGCAAAGUCUAGCAAAUCGCCUUUCUCGACUCCUCAACGCAAAGUACUUGAUGCAGUUCGCCGUCAGAACUCGGCGGAAGAAAGCAGGCUUCGCAAAGAAAAGAGUAACGAGAAGGUCGUUAUCCAGGAUAUCAUCAAGACUGCUGAGACCGAAGUGUGAGGCAAGAGAACGAGACGCAGUUCACCACUCCGGUGUUUGGCUUACUCUAACCUUCCGAAUCCUCUCUCUUUCUCUGGGUUUGUGUUAUUAUAGG